AUGGCUGCUUCAAUCGCCGGACGUCCUCUACAGUUCUGUAUUUUUGGGGAUACGGUAAUGGGAAAUAAAUGUAGACAAAUGAAACGCAGACUUGAAAUGGACAAUGUUACUGUUGGCCAACUCUACAAAUUGCUUCUGGAAAUUCCAAAAAUUGAAAUUUACGACGAGAUGCAUGUAUUCGAUUCGUUGGAAGAGAUUUGUGCAAAAAUUGUAAAAAUCGGGGAAUUUGAAAACAUUUUUUGA